GAGGGAGGCUUGCUGGGCUGAGACACGAGAGAUCUUGACUGAAGAUUUACAUAUACAACUAUACAAACAGGACACAGUCGAGAGUGCACCUAAGAUGACAUACUCUUCCUGAAGAUAGACCGAUAAACACCAUCUUGUGUCCUCGUCGUGGCUUACGGCUCACGUCCACACCAGGCGCAAAUUCACGGCUGCGCCGAAUUCCAGGAAUAAAUCACAAAAUGACAGUCGAUAUCCCGGACGGCGAUCAAGAAGCCAUGAGAUUCGAGAUUCUCGGAAGCGUCCUCAAAGACGGCGCUGCGGCGCGGCUAGGUCGCUUAACGCUGCCAGGACGCCGUCCCAUCGACACGCCCAACUUCGUCGGCGUCACAUCACGCGGCGUCCUGCCGCACCUCACCCCGGACAAUGUGAGCAAGCAUUUGCAAGUGAGCAGUGCCUACAUGGCUCUCGAAGACUUCAUUGAAAAACCACAGCAAUACUCCAAAAGGGUACCCCCUAUUUUCUCAACUCCCACAACAACAAAACAAGGCACUCCUCUCCACAGCUUCACUGCCAUGCCGCCAUCCGUCACCACAAUUCUGAGCGCCCGACGCCUCCCUGCCGUUCCCCCACCCAACGGCAACACCAACGACUCCAUCUCCGUCUUCACCUCAACCGGCUUCCAAGUACUCCCGACCAAGGAGUACCUCUCCGCCGUGCAGACUCUGAAACCCGACAUCGCCAUCCCCCCCGCAGACCUCACCCACGGACCCGUCGCGCCCAAUUCGAAGCGGGCACUUCGCAUGGCCGAGCGCACCGACGAGUGGGUAGUUGAGUGGUUCUCGUCGCUCUCACGGAGUAGUAGCAGCCCCCAAUCCACCUUCGCGCCGGUCCUUCCCAUUUCACACUCCAUCCAGUGGGAGUACCUGGCGCGGCUGGCCGAGGAUUACCUGCCUUCAUCACAACUGCACGGCCUGGCCUUUUACGACGCCGACGUGCUGCCCGACAUAGCCGCGCACACCCCGUCCCUGGUCCAGCUGCCCCUCCUCUCCCUUCUCGCAUCACAAAUCCAAUCCCAAACCCAAACACCCCACCACAUCCUGCGCCAAAUCUCUCUCGGUAUAGACCUCUUCGCGAUCCCCUUCGUCAACGCGGCCUCAGACGCCGGUCUGGCGCUGACCUUCCGCUUCCCCCCGCCUCCUCACACCACCACCACUAACGGCCCACUACUGCCGCUGGCAACCGACCUCUCCCUCCCAGAGUCCAACAACACAACCUCCCUGGCACCCCUAGCCGAGGACUGCACGUGCUACACAUGCACAUCCCACCACCGCGCCUACGUGCACCACCUGCUGUCGGCGCGCGAGAUGCUGGGUUGGACGCUGCUGCAGGUGCACAACCAUGCCGUGAUGGCAGCGUUUUUUGCCGGUGUGCGCGCCGCGCUCGCGGAAGUGGAAGGAGGGAACGACAAGUUUGAGGUUCUGCGCAAGGAAUUUGCCCUGGCCUACGAGCCCGAUUUCCCAGAGGGAAUGGCCCAGCGGCCUAGGGCUAGGGGAUACCAGUACAAGAGUGCCGGUGGAGGGGAGGGGAAGAGGAAUAAGCCUGCUUGGGGGAAGUUGGGAGGGGCCGGGGUGGAUGUGGAUGGGAACGGGGAGGCGGGGAUAAGUAGAGGUGGUGCAGAGGAGACAACGGGUGGGAUGGCCAACGGGGAGGGGGCGUAUGCACGGGAUUUGGAAGGGCGAGGGUUUGCGCAGGUGCAGAAUUAG